AUGGAAGGGAAGAGAGUGGAGAACCAGCAGAAGGAGCAGACUAAGGUAAGAGAUCAAACCCGGUAUCGAGGGAUUCGGAGGCGACCGUGGGGCAAGUUUGCUGCUGAAAUACGUGACCCUUCAAGAAAUGGGGCACGCCUAUGGCUAGGCACAUUUGAGACAGCUGAAGAGGCAGCUAGGGCUUAUGAUCGAGCUGCUUUCGGCUUCCGGGGUCAUUUGGCCAUCCUCAACUUCCCUAAUGACUACCAGUAUCAUAACCCAUCAAGCUCUUUGAUCAGCACUUCAUCCUCUUCAUCUUCUUCUUCAUCACCAUCUCCAUUUUCUGCUGCUGAUAUUGGAAAGAGUACUAAUUUUGGCAGAGGCCAAGAAGAAGAUGAAGUUAUAGAGUUUGAGUACUUGGACAACAUGGUUUUGGAGGAGCUUCUUGACACAAAAGAGGAUCAUCAUAGACAGGGGAAACCAACCCAUUAG